CGGCACCCAGCGGCAGCCAUUUCCAACGAGCUGGCGGGGGCGGAAAGAUGGCGACGCCCGUCGGGUGGUCGCAGGGGGCGUCAGGGUCGGUGUGUCUCGCCUUCGAUCAACUGCGGGACGUGAUUGAGUCUCAGGAGGAACUGAUCCACCAGCUGAGGAACGUGAUGGUUCUCCAGGACGAAAAUUUUGUCAGUAAAGAAGAGUUCCAGGCAGUGGAGAAGAAGCUGGUGGAAGAGAAAGCUGCCCAUGCGAAGACCAAGCUCCUCCUGGUCAAGGAAGAGGAGAAGUUGCAGUUUGCCCUCGGAGAGGUAGAAGUGCUGUCUAAACAGCUGGAGAAAGAGAAGUUGGCCUUUGAAAAGGCACUCUCCACUGUCAAGAGCAGAGCCCUGCAGGAAUCCAGCAAGAAGGACCAGCUCAUCACCAAGUGCAAUGAAAUUGAGUCUCACAUUAUAAAGCAAGAAGAUAUACUUAAUGGCAAAGAGAAUGAGAUUAAGGAGUUGCAGCAAGUUAUCAGCCAGCAGAAACAGAUCUUCAGCCCACGCCCAGCCAGCUCCGUUGCAGGAAUCACAUGUCUGACUUCCGGAUCCAGAAGCAGCAGGAGAACUACAUGACCCAGGUGUUGGACCAGAAGCAUAAGAAAACCUCGGGGACACGUCAGGCCCGGAGCCAGCGGCGUCCUAGGGAAAAAUAAAAUGGUCGUCGCCUUCCUGCUCUCUGGCUGUAA